AUGGGGAGAAUUGAUGGAGUUCCUCCCAUUCUCAAGCCCAACUUCCAGAAGGUGGCACAAAGUGCUGGCUUUAAAAUUGAACAAUGUGCGGGAUACGGCUCGGUCCGCAAGCUGCAACAAUCCACCUUGUUGACUGUAACGAUCGAGGGAAGUCGGUUUCUCGCUAAGAGCUGCCAGAACAUGUCCGUGUAUGAGCUGGCCACAGAAGUCAAGACAGUUCCUACAAUAAUGAAGAACCCUUGCACUUCAUCCAAGCGACUGUUCCUCAAGGCUCAGACAGUCCGUGGUGCAGCCCAUGCUCACGCAAUGUGUAUCGAGAAUACUUGGACAGCCUCCAUUUUGCGAACCCCUGGACCCUCCACGCCGAGCUCCAUAAAAAUAGAGGCUUCUGACAACAAGGACUCUGAGUGGGAAAUGCUCUCGCAAAGAGCAAAUGAAGUGGUCAAAAAGCGACAGCCCGAUUUGAUUGUCGACUUCGAAGAACACCUGGCAAAGACAACAAAUAUAGAAGCAUUGUGUGUGGAAAAGGAUGUGUUGUCGAACCCCGAGUCUGCCCAAAAGAUUGUAAACAGACUACAAGCCGGCCGGAGCGAGAAGCAGUGGCGGGUUGAGAUCAUGGGCAAGAACGUUUCUCUGCUUUCCGCUGGUUCGGUGCAGCAGGAAGCCAUGCUCAAGGGCUUUGGCUCUGUUUGUGACAUCCAGAUGUACUGGCGGAGUGACAAGGAGAAAAUUGCAAAGUCUUCAUCUGGAGGCCGCGGAGCAGGUCUUCCCGGAGCUUUGUCUAAGCUGCUCUCCCAAGUGUUCGAGUAUCAGGCCCGGUUCAUAUGCCACUUGUCAAAAAGUCAGCUUAGCCGCGCUUGGGAGAAGGCCGUGGGUUCCAACAACUGGGCCAGUCUACAGAGCCUCGCCAUGACAAGUCACGAAGCCUGUAAGGGCUGUGUUAUUCGCGGUCAAGAUGAAGCAGUGCAAGCUAACAUGGCGCUUCAGUUGGAUCAUAUGGAGCGGUCAUGCCAGAUCGAGGAAAAGAUCCUUAACACGCUGCGAGAGGCCGAGCAGGAAAAAUGGCAAAGCGAUUUGCUCCAUAACUUGGUGUCUGAGGCUCCCACGUACGAACGCGACAAGAACUUCAACAAGGAUAGAGUAAAAGGAGCAUGUGAGUGGGUUUUCAAGGACUUGACGUUCUGUAAAUGGCGCGACAAUACCUCAUCGAGUCUCAUCUGGACAUCCGCAGGCCCCGGCUGCGGCGAGUCGGUUCUAUCGCGAGCUCUACUCGACGAACGGCACUUGGCUAACAGCAAUGUAGUGGAAGUCACAAGUUCAAAUGUCAUCUCCCGAACUGUAUCUUCAUAUGUCUGCUACUUCUUCUUUAAGGACGCUGAUGCGCUUCGCAUAAAGGCCACAAACGCUCUAUGUGCGAUCUUGCAUCAGCUGUUCUGCAGCGCGUCCGGCAAGCUUUUGAUAGGCCACGCAGAAUCAAGUCACAGAAAGUAUGGUAAAAGCUUGAAGACCAAUUUUUCGGAACUAUGGCGCAUAUUUAAAGCCUGUGCGGAGUCUCCAUGUGUUCAUGGCAUUGUCUGUGUGCUAGAUGCCAUGCAUGAAGGCGGAAUGGAAAGCCGAAACGAACUUUUUCAACACCUACGUCGAUUUUGCAACAAUGAAGACGAGCUGAAGUCCUCCAAGAUCAAGUUUCUGCUUACCGGCAGACCGUACGAUGACUUGGAAAACGAGCUUCGACCACUAGAGACGCAAAGUCAUGCAGCAUACAUUCGAUAUGAUGGAGACGAUAAAUUUGAGGAAAUCGGGCAGGACAUCGAUCUCGUCGUUGACGCAAAGAUGGAAAAUCUUGGCCGCCACAUCACAAACGAAGACGACCGCAGCCGGAUUCGCCAACGACUGAAGGGCAUGGAUAAUUGUACUUAA